AAAGUUUUCAAGUGUUCAUCCUCUAACCUCUCUCCCGCUCUGUGUAGUUUUCUCGCAAGAGAGCCUCUCUUUUGUUUAAAGAAAACUCUCAAGAAAGUUAUACCUCUCCCCUCAUUGCUACGAUGAGAAAGCUCUUCUGUUGUCACAAAGGAGAAAGCUCGAAAGGAGUAGAAGAAGCGGAAGAACAAACGCAACCUCUGCAACCAUCAUCGCAAUCAGUGCAAAAUCCACAUGCCUCCACAUCGCUGAGUAUUAUAGACGAGAACGAAGUCAUCUUUGAUGAAAACCUCUUUGACGGUAACGAAGGCCUUAACCUCGCUUGGCGCAACCUUUGGAAAUCCUACGAAGAUGCUAAAGCUUCGAGUUCGAGUGAUGAUCCUUACCCUGGACAUAAGAUUACAUGGAGCGAGAUCGUUCAAGGAACCCUAAACUUCCGGAACAUUAACUACCUCGGCCGAGGCAACUUCGGUGAAGUCUAUCGUUGCGAUAUACCAAGAUUAAACAAGGUCGGAGCUGCGAAGGUUCAAAAGAAUCAGAGCGAAGAGGCUCACGGUGAGUUCUUGGCAGAGAUCACAACGCUACACGCAGCCAAUCACCCAAACCUGAUCAGUCUUCUCGGCAAAUGUUUCCAUCAAGACCACCGUGCCAUCGUCUACGAGUUCAUGCCUAGAGGCUCUCUCGAUCACCACCUCUUUCCAAACACGAGGCCAAGUCGGGGUUGUGGACGUGGUAUAAUACAGGAAUACAAAGUGUUGAGUUGGACCAUGAGGCUGAGAAUCGCAGUGGGUGUAGCUAAAGGUCUUGUUUAUCUACACGAGGAGCUGAAGAUGGUUCACAGAGACGUCAAGGUGUCAAACGUUUUGCUUGACAAGAAGUUUGUGCCGAAGCUGACUGAUUUUGGAUUAGCGAGUGUGAUCGUUGAAGACGAGAACGGAGUUGAGAAGAGGAGCGAGAUCACUCUGAUCAAGGGAACUCCCGGAUGCACCGCACCUGAGACAGAGGAGUUAGGUUUGGUUUCGAGCAAGAGCGAUGUCUACAGCUAUGGAGUGUUCCUGUUUGUGCUUUUCACUGGAAAGAAAGCUUUUGAUUCUAAGAGAUCUUCCGGGAAAGAGAAGCUCACUGAUUGGUUGAGGGAAGUAUGUAGCAGAGGAGAUAAUAUUCCACUGGUUGUUGAUUCUGCGAUGGGUAAUAGGUUUCCGGGUGAAGGUUUAAUCAAAUUAUUUGAGACUGCCUUGAUGUGUGUCGAGCCGCAGCGUCCUGAAAUGCGUUUUGUGGAGUCGAUGGUUAGUGACAUUGCGGUUUAUGAGGUCCCAACGUGUCCAACGUUGACGAGGAGGCAUUCGAUAUAAGGAAGCUUUAUCAGGCGGUUUUCAGAAACAUAUAAUUAUUAACCGAUGCAUGAGUUUGUAAUCUUUUCUAAAGAUUGAGACGAGAUCAGUGUGUGUACUUUUGAGACACUGCCAUUUGUAAAUAUAGGUGUUAUCAACG